AUGCCUAUGUUUAAUGAGGAUAUGAAGGAUAUUGCAGGGACCAAUGUAAAGAAAUAUGAACGAACAGGAAUUUGUACUGACAAAUGCAGGUUUUUAUUCAAUUCUUUUAAAAAAUAUUUAAUUUUAAGUUGGGAAAUUAUUGAAUCUAUACCUUCUGGAAUGAACUACACAAUUGGGUCUCCGCAACAUAAAAGUACUUACAAUGGUUGGGUUGAAUUGCUUAAGGUUGCCAACAAGACUGUUGACAUAGCUGCAGGUAGUGAGGUAUUUAAACAAAUUGAAAAUGCUGCUCUACGAGGAGUGAAGAUUAGAAUAGCUCAAAACUCUGAAGGCCAAUUUGGGCCUCUUGAUGAUUUAGAAUUUUUACAAAGAAAGGGUUUAGUUAAUGUUCAAAUUUUAAAUUUUACAAAACUUUUUGGAAGUGGAAUUUUGCAUAGCAAACUUUGGAUUGUUGACAAUCAACAUUUUUAUUUAGGUUCUGCUAAUAUGGAUUGGCAAUCAUUAACAGAAGUUAAAGAAUUGGGAAUUUUAAUGAAAAACUGUUCCUGUCUAGCUUGGGAAUUUAACAAAAUUUUUAGUGUUUAUUGGCGUGUUGGGCAAGAACAAAAAAUUCCUUCUGUAUGGCCAGUUUCUUUACAAACAAAAUUUAAUUUAAACCAUCCACUUCAAUUACGUUUUAAUUCAUCAAUGCCUGUAAAUGUUUUUAUCAGUCAUUCACCUAGUGCAUUAAAUCCAAAAGGAAGAGAACAUGAUUUAAUGGCAAUAAUUGGUUUAAUGAAUAAAGCAAAACAAAAAAUAAAAAUUUCUGUGAUGGAUUAUUUACCAAUAACUUUAUUUAUGAAAGAAAAUAAUACUUUUUGGCCAGCAAUAGAUGAUGCUAUAAGAACAGCGGCAUUUAGAGGUGUUCAUGUACAAAUGCUUAUUAGUAUAUGGCCUCAUUCUAAAAAAGAAGCUAUUCCUUAUUUGCGUUCUUUAUUACAAAUUAAUGAAGCAUUACCAAAAAGAGGGAGUAUUUCUAUUAAAUUUUUUCGUGUUCCAGUCAGUCCAGAACAGGCCAAACUUAAAUUUGCUCGUGUUAAUCACAACAAAUAUAUGGUGACAGACAAAGCUGCUUGGAUAGGUUUUUUUAAUUUCAUUUUUUUAUUAAAAUAAUUUAAGGAACUUCUAAUUGGUCUGGAGAUUAUUUGUAGGUUUAUUUUUUAUAAAAUUUAUUUUGUUAAAUAUUUUUUUAGUAUAACAACAGCGGGAAUUGGUAUGAUUAUUGAAAUACUACAGAAUUCAAGUAAUAUAAUUGAUCAACUUGAUGCAAUCUUUCAAAGGGAUUGGAUUUCUAAUUUUUCUCUCCCUUUAACUUUGCCAUGAGAAUACAGCGACACGCAAAGUUUUUCACUGAGGAUUCAGCUUCAUAAUUUUGUUUUAAAAACAGCUUUAAAUCUUUGAACCGAUUGUCCAUUGCACAAUUGUCUUAAUAUACAAUUGUCAGGCUGUGGAGCUGACAUGAGUCACCAUUAUAAAAGUUAUUUCUUUUCCCAUGUGCGAAUUUCUUUUCUCUAUUUUUCUCUAAUUCUUACUAACCUCGCAUUUUUUGGCUUUCAUUCACCAAAUUCUUUGUCCAAAUCAAAUUUCUUAUUUUUAACCAUACAUACUUGUUUACUACUUUUUUAUAAAAAAUUU